AAGCACCAAUCCGCGGUGUUCCUCCGGGCGUUUAAAGAGCUCUUUGUGUCAAUCACCCGGUUUUUUUUUCAUCGCCAUAUUGGGCGCCGAAAAGCCUCGCCUUGUUAUUUCUCUUCCCCUUUUUUUACUACGAGCGCAGUUGAUAGGUGUGGCCAUCACGAACGCUGCUUUUGUUUUGAUGCUCGUCGCCUGUCCGUGUUUUUCGCACAUGCAGGGCACCCGGGGUGAGUCUGCUUUCACGCCCGUCGCUUUGGAUCUCGUCAACGCAGGAGGGAACGCUCUGUAACAGCGGUCGGGUUUGUGUUUUAGCCCUCGAACGCCUUAAAAUGUCCAAUGUUCGCUUAUCUAACGGCAGCCCGACGCUGGAACGUAUGGAAGCGCGACUGUCGGAUCAGCCCAAGCCGUCGGCGUGUCGGAACCUGUUCGGUCCGGUGGAUCAUGAAGAGUUAAAGAAGGAUUUCCAGCGGCAGCAGAAGGCGAUGGAGGACGCAUCGGCGGACGCGUGGAACUUCGACUUCUCCACGCACACGCCGCGCGCCGGCGGCAGAUACCAGUGGGACGCGCUGGACAUCCGCUCGGUGCCCGGUUUCUACAGCAGAUCGGUGCGGGCGAAGGGCUCCGAUCUCCACAUAUGCUCCUCUGGGAAUAAUAACGACAUUAACGUGGAUGUUAACGGCAAUCACGACUGUCAGGUAACGGAGCAGAGCGCGGAGACGCCCGAAAAAGACCGAGAGCAGAGGAAAAGAAGCUCUUGUGUCGACUCGUCGUGUCAAAGCAAACGCUCACACAUCUGUGUGGAUGAAGUAACGCGGACGCCGAGAAAACCCAAAAAACCCAGAAAACACCCCAAUCCUACUCUAACAUAAACCAGAGAGGUGAGCACAACUAUUUAUUUACACAGUCACACCCGAGUCAUU